UAAACAGACACACCCACACCCAGCUAUAAUAACACACACUCUCUUACACACGCUGCUGUGGAGACCAACAUGAAUUGAAGGCUGAAAUAGCGUUUGCUCCUAGCUACGGAAGCAUUCAAAAGAAAACUGUCAACAACAUAAAAAGUCAUAGCACACUCCAACUGUCAAUAGACAGCUGCGCUGGGGAGCAAAUGGAUAUUUGCUCUGCUUUGUUUGUUUUUUUAUUGAGGGAAAUGGUCACUGUUGGGUCAGGCACACGUUACUUUCCCACAGCAAACAGGUGAAUUCAACAUUAAUAAAUUCCAGAUUUCAGACCUUGAUAUGGUAGGUUCCUGGAGGCAAACAGGCUUUCCCACUGUCGUUUGUGUUAGUGUUUCCCGCCUUAGUUUUAACCACUACUCCCCAGUUUGUAUGACCUUAUGCUUUUUUAUCCAUGCACACAUAUAAAUGUUCAAGUCUGCCCCUUUAAUGCACAUACAGACUUAAACAUCCUCCUUUGUCCCUGCUGUCAGUGGCGAUAUCAGUGCCCCCCUGUCCCUGCAACAUGCUCUACUGCCAUCUCUUUCUUCCAGCUACUGUUGGGGGGAAAUGCCAUAUGCUUUCUGACCAUGGCUCAGUCAUGUUGCAUUCUGCUGCUUGUUUUGCUUUUUAUGAUAUUUUGAUUCUUUCUUAUUUGCUAUUGGCUUCUGUUUUUGGAUUGCUCCUGAUUUUCUCAUCUUUACUUGCUUGGUUGCUCAGUUGGUUGCUUUUCAUUCUUCUCACGUUUUUCUCUUUUCUUUUUUCCUUUGUUUGUUGCCCUCCUUCGUCCUCCUCCUCGUAUGCAUCUCCUCUUUCUUUCUGUCCUCUCUCUGUCUUUCUCUCUCUGCCCGUCACAGUCGUUUCCACUCUCCAAUAUAAAGUCUCCACCCCACCCACCCACCCAGACACUCCUCCUGAGUACAGACAGUACAGGGCUAGCACACUGCCACCCUCCUACGUCCGUGUGGCCUCUUCCUCUCCUCCCUCCUCCGCCUCCUCCUCUCCCUCUCAGGAGAAAGAGGCGGGGGCUGCUAGGGACAAGGCUCAGCUCUCCUCUCAGCUCUCCACCUCACUCGCCUCAGCCUUUUCCCCAGUCCAGGCAGGAGUGACCACCCAGGGCCGACAGGUCCGUCAGAUCCCCCUGUCUCCUCCCACAGCAGCCCGCCACCUACACCUUCAACAACAACUGCAGCAACAAGACAUCAUGCUCCCCCCUAAACACGGCACCUGGUCCGCCUCCCAUUUGCAACAAAUGUACGCCCAGUUGCCCCCUUCCUCCUCCCCUCCAGUUAUGAUGGCCAUGCCUGUGAAGCAGGGUUUGCCCUCACAGCCCGUCCUGCCGAUGGCUCAUCCCCUCCCACCCCUGAGCACUAGGAUGAAGCCCCCACCUCUUGACCCGAGCUCCAUGACAGGCCCUCACCAGUACCCCCAGCACCAGCCCCACCCUCACUCCAACGGCCAGCCAGACAACUCCUACUCUCCUCAUUCUCAGCAUCUGCCACUCACCCCACAGUACUGCGAGGCCGUCCCCAUGCCUCCUCUGAUAGGUCAGAUAGCCCCAGGCCCCGCCCCUAGUCACCAACCCCAGUACGCAUCCACUUUCCACCCUCAGCAGCAACAGCAUCUGCAACAACAACAACAUCAGCAGUUGUUCUACCAACAGGCCCAGCCCCCCACCACUACUACCUCCUCUUCCUCACCCCCCUCUUACACUGCCAUGUCUGAUGGGGGCUCGCCCAAGAAGACCCCCUCCCCCGUCCCCCAGCAGGCCCCCAUGGUCAGCAGCAGUAAGUAUGAGGAGGAGAGAGGAGGAGGUAGUCUCUCAACAGAGGGAUGUUACAUGUGUACUGUGUGUGUGUGUAUGUGUUUGUGUCUCACCCAUAGUGCUACACAAGAACCUUAAAAACACAAAAUGUACCCGCCCAUAAUGCCCUUCACACACAUAGUCCACCCACACAGGUGUUUUCACAUGUUGUCUGAUUAGACCUCUUCUUAGUACUGUGAGCACCACACAUAUAGGGUGAGAAAACUGUUAUCAAUUUUAUAUAGAUAUGGAUAUCUAUGGAUAUCGCUACCCAGUUAACUUAGUAACAGUAAUCUGACUAGAGGUCUAAUCAGCCUGUAUUUGAAAUACGUGUGUGUGUGUGUGUGUGUGUGUGUGUGUGUGUGUGUGUGUGUGUGUGUGUGUGUGCAUAUAGCCUUUAAACUUUUUGAACAGUCUAGAACUCAUUGACACUUUUAUACGUAGUUCUCCAAUUUCAGCACCAUACAGCAGGUAAAUAGGACUUUGACUUGUUGUACCACGAAAAGCACAGCUGUUAUUAGUAACAAUAAAGAUGUCAUGUGUCAGUGGGUCAUGGUAGUGAGCCAGUGUGACCCUGAAACUGAAGCAACUGGAUGGAAUUCAAACAUCAUCAAUUGUUAUUUACACCUGUGCUUUUCUUACAGUGACAUGUCAAAAUGUCUUCUGUGGAAAAGGCCUACAACUCUAAUAUAAAAGCAAGAAACCUAGCAGCUAUUAUGACCCAGUAUGUGAAUGUUUUUGACCAGCCAAGUCAGCCACCUGACUUCAAUCCUGCUCAACAGGUGUUUCGUGUACUGAAAACUAUGCUGAGGAAAAAUGCCACCAUGAAUGGUAGCAGUAUUCUCACCAGGGGAAAUACCAUGUGUUUGCCAAUGUUUAUGGCUCAUAAACUUCAGCAAGUCAUUAACUCCAAGUGCAAGCAAAUAUUAAGAUUACUUUAUUUAAGGUUGUGUUCACUUGUGCAAUUACUUUCUGUCCCCUAAUAUCAGAAGACUGUAUUAUACAGGGCUACAGUUUCUACACUGUUUAUCCCUCCCCAAAGUCGGCACUUUAAUCUCAGUCAUUGUUUCAGUUGAAAUCCAACGUGCUGGAGUACAGAGAAAACACAAUAAAAGUGUAGUAAGUAAGUAUGACAUACAUCUCUUUAGAUUUACCUCCUGGUAGCUUUAGCUUUCCAUUCAUUUAAUUAUGCUCUGGAAGUCAUCCCACAAAGACAUUAAAACCUACUUGAAGUGAUCAAAGUCCACAAAAAUCAAAGUUUUGUCACCUUUAUUUUGUCAUCAAAGUAACAUUAUUGCCACGUGGUUAUGCUGUUUGGGGCUUUUUUAAAUUGCUCUUGGUUUUAUUGUUUCAUGUGGCUGCACCUGUCACUUUCACAAGCAAUACUGCAAACGUAGAUGUUGCUUGUUUGCAGCCUCUUUCUGUCCUGUGGGAUAAGGUGUCACUGUAAGUACAGAAAAUGAGAGGAGACAGAGAUUUACAUUAACAUCUCUAAAAUAACUAAAAAAGCAACAUAUUUUAGACCAAUGCUGCCUUUGCUCUGCAUGAUCUGUCUUUAAGGCAGCUCACAUUAAAUGCAGCCCUGCUUCUUUCCUUCAGAAAAUCGGUGUCAGGCCUUCUCAUUCAUUCAAGGUUAAUGUGUGGCCUUAAGCAGUUUGUUGCUUUCAGCUAUCUUGGAUAUUUGAGUUUCCCACCUGCACUUACUGAGCCCCCAAGGAGUUUUCAAAACCAUCCCCAUUUGCAACUGAAUUACCGUAAGACAAUAAUAUGUUGUUGUUGGCUAAUUUACCAAAUAGCCAAUAUCCCUCUCUCCAUGGAUAUGACUACUGUAAUGUGUAAAUCAUUUGAAGUUGCUGCACAAGUGCUACCCAGUGGUCAGCAGUCUUGUAGUAAACAGUUGUCAGGUGUUCAUUAUACAGUGAGAGAGCAUAUCAUUCCUUCAGUCUUCAUACAACUUUCCAAGGGGCAAGAAAGGUAAGUCAACCCAUACCAUCCAUUAACCAGUAUCUAAUUCU